UGUGUCAAACUGCCUGAGUUUUGGAAGACAGACCCGGAAAUGUGGUUUGCACAGGCAGAAGCACAAUUCAUUUUGGCAAACGUGACAAAAGAUGAUACCAAGUUCUACCAUAUUGUAGCAAAAGUGGAUCAAACAGUGAUAUGCCAUAUUUCCGAUUUGGUAUCGAACCCAGCUGCUCAGGAAAAAUACAAAGCGCUAAAAGAACGUCUAAUAGCACGAUUCGCUUCAUCAUUGGAGGCACGACUUGACAAGCUGCUAGGAGCUUCGGAUCUUGGGGACAUGCGCCCAACACAUUUGUUGGCAAAAAUGCAAGAGGUUGCUGCUGGCCUGAACGUGAACGAAAACUUGCUAAAAAUGCUUUUCCUGCAGAGGAUGCCAAGCAACAUUCGUCCUGUUUUAACCAUCAGUUAUGGGACGCUGGCUAAACUAGCUGAAAUGGCCGAUAAAAUGAUAGAACAACCACAAGCCGCAUCUGUUUCAACACCGUCUUCAUCGGCUGAUGUCGAUCAGACCGAGUACUUAAAAGAGCAAAUCGAAGUUCUCAGCGCCGAAAUACAUCGCCUUAGGGUAAAUUCAGUUCCUCGCAGAAACCGUUCAUCAUCACGGUCCCGGAGCACUAACGAUUUGUGCUGGUACCACCAAAAGUAUGGUACUAAAGCCUUGCGCUGCAAGCAACCCAGCCAGUUUCGUUCAAAAAACUAAAUUCCUGCCUACCUGAAUCGGCUGAGGUAGGCAGAACGUUCUCAAGUCGCCGGAUAUCGAUUCUUGAUUGACACCGGAUCUGACGUGUCGAUAUUACCAGCUACCAGAAAGGAGAAAAUGGGUGGUACAAUUCCAUUUAUGCUACGUGCAGCUAACGGCACAGAAAUCAAAGUGUACUCAACAAAAUUUUUUACGACCAAUUUACGUCUGAGGCGAAAAUUUACGUGGAACUUUCUUGUUGCUGAUGUUAGUCACGCAAUUAUUGGAGCUGAUUUCUUGGCGCACUUUGGGCUGCUUGUCGACCUUAAAAACCGCAUACUGAUCGAUGAAAAAACCUCCCUGCGCUCAACAGGCAGUAUGAUGACUGCAGAUAUUCACAGCAUCACUACUAUAGGUUCCGAACAUUCAUUUCACGAUCUUCUGUCAGAAUAUCGGCAAGUAACACUGCCGACGACAUUUCGUGCUGAAAUUCGGCAUGACGUCACUCACCAUAUUGUGACCAGCGGUCCUCCAGUUGCUUCAAAGGUACGACGGAUGCAUCCUGACAAACUGAAAGCAGCAAAGGAGGAAUUUGCUUUGAUGGCAGGACUGGGCAUCUGUCGACCGUCCAGUAGCAGUUGGGCAAGCCCACUUCACUGCGUGCCAAAAAAAAAACGGCCACUGGAGAUUUGUCGGCGACUAUCGGCAACUUAAUAGCGUUACCAAACCUGACCGUUAUCCAGUACCCCAUGUACACGAUUUGCUGAACUCACUUUGCGGUAAGAACAUUUUUACAACCAUUGAUCUUGAAAGAGCGUAUCAUCAGAUUCCGGUUCAGGAAGCCGAUAUCCCCAAAACCGCUGUUAUAACUCCCUUCGGUUUAUUUGAGUUUACACGAAUGCAGUUCGGCUUGUGUAACGCAAGCCAAACAUUCCAACGUUUCAUGAACAAAAUUUUUCAUGAUCUCGAUUUUGUGACAGUGUUCAUCGAUGACAUUUGCAUAGCAUCAACUUCAAGAGAACAGCAUCGGGAUCAUGUACGCAUUGUACUUGAACGUCUACAGCAGAACGGAUUAGUCAUUAACGUUGCUAAAAGCAAACUUGCUCAAUCACAGGUUGAGUUUCUUGGAUAUUUAGUAAACCAGGACGGAAUUCGACCUCUUCCAUCACGAGUGCAAGCCAUAAGUGAAUAUGCCUUGCCUUCACAAGUUAAAGAGCUUCGUCGGUUUCUGGCUCUAAUUAACGUGUACAAGCGAUUUAUUCCGAAGGCUGUGGAUACCCAACUACAACUCCGCAAGUUGAUACCCAGCAACAGAAAAAAUGACACUAGGAAAAUACAGUGGAACGACGAGUCUAUGUCAGCGUUUAACUCCUGUAAAAAUUCCCUUGCUACAUCCGCUUUAUUAUAUUACCCUGAUUCAUCGAAGGCACUAGCGUUGAUGAUUGACGCAUCCAGUACAGCAGCCGGUGCUGUUCUUCAGCAAUUUUCAGGAAACAUGUGGCAACCACUUGGUUUUUAUUCAGAGAAACUGUCAGAGUCCCAAAAUAAGUACUCAACCUUUGGUCGCGAACUCACUGCCAUGAAGAUGGCAGUAAGAUAUUUUCGUUACUUCUUGGAAGGUCGCAAGUUCACCAUUUUCACUGACCACAAACCGUUAACGCACGCUUUGAGUACUAAUUCCCCUGGCAGACUGCCACACGAAGAAAGGUAUUUACAGUAUAUACCGCAGUUCAGCACAGAUAUUCGUCAUAUUAGUGGAAUGGAAAACGUUGUGGCUGAUGCACUCUCGCGUUUCGAAUCUGUAUCAGCUGUGGAUUUAGCAAUAUUAGCUCAGGAUCAAUCUGUCGACAAGGAACUUGCACAACUGAUGCAAUCAACAUCUUUGAAAUUUGAAACAAUGCGAAUCGCAAAUGCUUCUCGUACGAUCUAUUGUGAUGUUUCUAUUCCCAAUCGUUUUCGUCCUUUCGUUCCAGAAAAACAUCGUUUAGCCAUAAUGCAGCAACUGCAUGGCAUGGGUGGCCCGAACUACAAGACGACUCAUUUGCGACAAAUUCGUCUGGCCGGCCAUGAAAAAGGACAUUAAUCUGUUUGUUAAAACGUGUACAAAUUGCCAGCUCUCUAAAGUCACGCGGCACACUGUAUCACCUUUAGGUUCUUUCGACCCUCCAAAGUCAAGAUUCAGACAUAUACACAUUGAUUUAGUUGGCCCUCUUCCACCUUCAAAUGAACAGCGCUACCUGGCCGGAAGCUGUUCCAUUGCCAGAUAUGACUGCGCCAACUGUUGCCCGAGCUAUCACUUCUGGUUGGAAAGCUCGUUAUGGGACCCCCGAGACAAUCACAUCCGACCAGGGCCGUCAAUUCGAGUCGGAGCUGUUUCGGGAGCUGACACAUAUUUUGGGAACUCAUCAUAUUCGUACGACAGCCUACCACCCACAAUCGAAUGGAAUUGUCGAACGGUUUCACCGUACCUUGAAGGCCUCACUGAUGUGCAAAGAAGGCAAACAUUCACGCAAAAGUUGAAGUCUUGUACAAUCAUUGUGUACUCCCGAUUCGCACAAAUGUUGCACAGAAAUCGCACAGUAAAUGUGUGAAACGCAUAACGCAACAGUUGUACUGCGAAUACAUUGACAUAGAAUGAAAUCGGAAUAUGUAUCAUAUACCGACACUUUAUUUCUCACGUCGAGUGUAUUAGUGACUAGACUAGACACAUCACAUACAAUUUGCAGGUUGCUCUUUCGCUUCUCUUUCGGUUCGGAUUGCGACGCGCAAGGCGAUAUCUCGUUGCGUCAAGAAAUGAGCGAAACACCCGUGCUGUACAUGCUUGAUUUAAUACCAGUGUUGUUAGUCUCACUCAUACUGUCGGUGCGUGCUAUUCAGAGGAAUGCAUGAAGAAGAAAAAGUAUCUCGAAAGCGUGUGUGCAAAAGACUUGAAAAGCGUAGCAUAUGUCUCGUCCUCAAGCAGAAAGGAAGAGAAUGGUUUUGCUUCUCGCUCGCUUUGCAAUGCUGCUUGAUACCAGUUGAAACUGUUUAGGUGUAGUAGUUUGGAGCUGCCAAAUACAUUGGAAAAACGCUAGAGCAUUAAUUGCGUUAUGCCCAACACGCAAUCAUUGUACUGGUUCCGAAUUACAUCAACAAUUGCGCUAAAAACGCACAAUUUUGUACUGGUUUCGCACCAUCCAACUUUUGCGUGUUGGGUGGAGGAAUUACCGGUUGUGCUGCUCGGUCUCAGGACUGCAUAUCGCGAAGACCUCAAAUGUUCGUCGGCAGAGCUGGUGUGUGACCAGGCUCUACGCGUCCCGGGAGAAUUUUUCCCUCCAGUGACUAACGUUAGUAGAACAGAUUUUUCAAAUGAUCUUCGACGUGCUCUAGCCGAGCUGCGUACUCCCUCGACAAAGCAGCAUUCCAAACCACGGGUAUUUGUACAUAAAAAGCUAGAAACAUGUACACAUGUAUUCGUUCGUAUCGAUGCAGUAAAACGUUCGCUGCAAAGACCAUAUGAGGGACCAUACCAAGUGAUCAAUCGUGGCACGAAGCACAUUGAUGUACUUAUCGCUGGAAAAAAGCAAACAAUCUCAAUUGACCGAGUGAAACCUGCAUUCAUCUGUGACGAGAACAUGUCAAGUCAUCCUUGCGAUGACCAGCGUACUGUAGUUACGCAGUCCGGACACCGCGUCCGCUUCUUGGCGUAACUGGGGGGCAACUAUGGGUGCACACUCUGAGUGUUACCCUAUUUAAAGAUGUUCGUGAAACACUACUACUACUAAACAAAAGAGCAGAGUGAGUGAUGAAGAGAAGAUUUGAAGCGAAGAGAGAGUACGUUCGUAACUGUUGAAUAGAAAGCACGCGCCAUUUCUUCCGCGAAAUAAAAUUCAUUUAUUUCACAUAAUUCCGCGUUUUCCAUUAUUGAUUAUUUCUUCGUCCCCCACACCUGGUUUAGCAUUCAACUGUUUGUAGUGCACUGUAAUAAAAUAUUGCACACGGAUUUCGGAUUUUCUUCCGUUUCAAUGAAAGCACUCUCAUUCUGCGAAACCAUUUCAAACGACACGUUCUUCCCGCUAGCUAUAAGAUUUGUGCCAUGUCAAGUUAUUAGUUGGAAUAUAUCAAUCAUCAGUUUUAUGGUAAUUUUAAGCCAGAACACAGUCGGUAUAUUUUCGUUAUUCCAUGUAUUCCAUUGGGUUUUCGUUACCGACUGUUCUUUGAAACGUUACAAUGCUCUCCUAUUAGGUUUCAUCGAGUAUUCAUUAUUAAUUUGCUCCCUGGAAAUAGUAUGUCAUGUCCGACAGUGUGCGUAAAUACACCCACGCUCUUUCGCAUACUGUACCUACUAUCUAGGGGCCAACAACUCAGUACGCAAAACUCGUAAUUGCAUCCUUCGGGAGUAAACUGAGAUAUUGGGCUCUUCUUGUGUAAUGAUAUCCAAUUGCUUAGACGUAUGCUGUGCUGGAAUCAAUUGGGUGCGGUGAUUGGACUUUUUCUUCCAAUAGAUUAUGUAACAAGCAUCAAAAAUAAAAAAUUGCAUGGAUGCCUAGACACUGGCUUGUUUUCGUGACCAUGAAUGUUUCUGUUACUGAUUGGAAUUUCAGUUUUAUUCGUCAUGUUUUGCUUGUUAUGCAUUGAAAUACACUACGACAUGGGUUAAAAACACUGAAGUAAUUAAAAAACCCUUGCCCUCCUAAACUUGGUGCUUAUGAUCAACACGGAUUUUGUAAAGUAGCACACAGUAUUUUAUAAAACUUUUGGUUCCAAUUAUGAAGUUUCUUGGAUUAAUUUUUUCUCUUCUUUUCCUGUUUUGAAUGUAACUUGCGAAACCUGUUUGCUUGUGUAUUGACGAUUUUUUUGCGAAUUUAUUUUUAAAAAUUCUAUUAUUUUUCAAAAAUAAUUUAUAUUUUGUAUGUUUAUAAGUACCUAUGUCUUUGAUAUUGAACAAGACUUUCUCGUCAUUGUGCAUUUUAUUAUUACUGUACAGAUUUGAACUAAAAGAUUGAAAACGAGGUUGCAUAUUGGAGGUGUCAAUUCCAUUCAUUUGGCCACGUGCCGAUAAUUCGCUCCACUAGUACAUUUUCGAAACAUGAUGUAUACGACAAAUUUGCAGUCCUCUAGUAAUGCUACAAGUUUGUUGAAGAAAGCAGUACUUUAACUCUUAUGCCCAAAGUAUGAGAGCCCACUUUCAGUGGGUUAUUCAGCCAAUAUUUGCGGUAAAUAUCAUAAUAUUCACCUCGAAUAUUGGCUGAAUAUUGCCUUCAAGUUGGUCUUGGAGUACGAUGCUGGCCUAACAUACCAGUCAUCGUAGGUUCGAGUCUCGGCUCGGGAGAGUCUGUUUAGUGUCAGUAGGAUCGUAGCGCCUUGCCCCGCAAUUGUCCUUGUACAUUGAACAAUUGGCUGCGAAGUUUGUAUAUAGUAAUAAACAGAAAGUCAAGAUCCGAAUCAGAAUGUUAGCACUAAGGCUUUGCUUUGCUUUUAGGGGCUCCCACGCUUCGAGAAACUUAUAGUAGGUACUACUUAGCAUCCUAAAAUUGAAUAAGCAACCUUGAUUGAAAAGUUCGUCUUUUUUUACAUACUUUAGCAUACGCGCAUCUUACAUAUCUACAGAAAUGACAUCAAACAUCAUAAGUUCUAAUUUGCCUUGGAGAAAGCGGGGCUUAUGGCAUCAGAAUACCGCACAUACUUCGAACGAUGGUGCAAUGAAGUAUGUUCAACUUAGUUUAUUAGAAUAAUAUUAGCUUUAUUCGUCAUGAAACCAUUUCAAUCUGAACGUCUGUUCCCCUUGUCUGGGGCGACUCCAAUGGCGACUGACCCGAAGCGGAUGGCUGAACUAUGAAAUGUGCUUUUUCGUUUGUUCUACCGGGAAAAAUUAACACUACGAAUACUCAAGGGGCUGUUUCUAAACCUCGUGGUCAUAUUUCGAUUACUUUUUAUACGCCCCGUACCCCCCGUGGUCUUUUGGAACAAUCGACAACGACCUAGGCGAUAAAAUUAGGAUUGGGAUUGGAAGCUCGGUACAUGAAACUGUAGAUCGUUUAGCGUCCCGUAUACUACUCAAUCGAUCACUGAACGAACGGAUCUUACUGGAUCAACUUCGAUAGCGUCGCGCUCCAGGAACUUUUACGGAAGGGAGAGAAGGUACAGCGGAUUUAUGAACGUAUGGCACAAUACUACAAGUGAGGCGGUGUCACCAACGAGUACCGGCUUCAUAGCGCUUAGCAGAAAGCCGGUUUGUGUGAUCAAGUGGCAAACGAUCAACACUCCGAUGAAUACGUAAAUGACGAUACAGUAAGCAGACGCGUAAUAGGAACUGACCAGAAAGCACCAGCAGCAGAUGACCGAGUACCAGCGCCCGAUGUUCAUGAAGUUCUUUGUGAGAUCGGGAAGCUGAAGAACAACAAAGCCGCAGGCAAAGAUGGACUGCCGAGCGAGCUCUUCAAGCAUGGGAGAGAGAUGCUGGCUAGAGCGCUGCAAUAGGUCAUUUACAGGAUUUGGGAGGAUGAAAAACUGAAAGCCACGACCAAAUCUCUACAAUCCAACAUAUCUUACAAAAAUUUCGCGAAUGUAACGUGCCCACACAUUACAGGUUCGUUGACUCCACGGCGGCUUACGAUACAGUCGAUCGAGAACAGCUAUGGCAGGUCAUGCACGACAAUGGCCAUCAAGCCAUGGUGGCGCAAGUGAUGUGCUGUGUGUGUGUUCUUGGGGAAUAGUCCUUUUGAAUCGCUAAGAGAGUUAAUACAAGAUGAUAGACUUUAUUGUUUACUGUUCAACAUCUUCCUGGCGGGUGUGCUCUGGAGGGCAAACAUCGACACCUGGGGCACGAUCUUUACAUGCUCGGUCCAGCUUAUGGGUUUCGCGGAUGUCUUUGACAUCAUGGUAUGGCUUUGCGACAGAAGAGAAAACCUAUUCCAGACUGAAAGCCGAUGGCAGAUAAAUUGGAGCGAAAGGCUUCGAGGAGAACUCAACUCAAUUCUCUAAAGAUGGCGAUGAACUUGAGAGUGCUUCACUCCAGAGUGGUCACUGGUGACUGCCGACAAUGACACCAGCGAACUGAUCUAGGGAUGCAUCCAGGCUGGAAGUUGUGCCUAAUUUAAGCUCUGGAAGACGCUCUGGAAUCGAAUCAGGUGCGACUACGCGCGAAGUAAAAACCCUGAUUAGUAGUCCUCUAUGGAAUCGUGGCUUUUUGAGUUUUAAAAUAAAACAAAAGGUGCUGCGGCCUAUCUACUGUAAAGUACGGACAAUGAAGAUUGGCUAAUGCGCAUGAACACAUGUUGCCGGAUGACAACCCGGUGAAUUAACUUUUUUUUUCAGUGACCUUUCUGGCAGCAGAAAUAGACGGGUGCAGCGUGCACGUUGGCUCGACAAGAUCAAAGGAGAUUUGCGGGUGAUGAGACGACUUUGAAAAUGAUGGAACACAGCCCAGAACCGAGUAUCAUGGCGACAACUUAUUGAUACAGCACGAGCCGCUACGCCUCUUGUCUGAUUGGUAAGGUAAAUAAGGCCCAGAGCCGUAUUUGGGUGUUGGGGGCCUCUGGCAGAUAUUUGUAUGGAGCCUUCCUUCCUUGGAAUAUUUGUAGGUAAGAUUCAACAUUUAAAGAUUUAUUUAAAGAUAACGAGCAAAAAUCUGUCAUGCCUUCGAUUGGUGGUUGUAUGUCUUGACUAGGACUAGGGGCGCCUUCGAGUCAGAGGCGAACAACGAAAUCAAGAAUAAGAACAUUUGCUGUUGUUAAGCACCGAUUUCAUAUGUGUAUCGAACUCUCGGCAAGGGUGCAGAUCCAAAUUCAUUUUGAUAAUCUUUUCAUUCGAUUGGUAACGGAAAUUAUUUAUCGAUGAGGUAUUUGGAAAUGUGAGAACAAUAACAACUUAGCUUUAGGCACGUAAAUAUAUAACAUGAAAGAAAUAUGGCAAUUUUGAUCUCUUAAAAAAAUUGAAGUAAUUGGAAAUGCAAAUCAAUUUCGAAGGAAUACUAUUGGAUUUCAACCACCCUUGUCAUCUCACUUUUCUUCAACGCAUUGUUUUCAUACCAAUCAUCGUAACAAUAAACGCAGUACGUGUUUGUUGCAUAUUAUUCAAAGUUAAUCGCAGCCUAAGCAAUUGUUCUCUUACAAUUUGUAUAAUUUACCUAUUAAAAAUUCAUCUGACUAGGUAUUUGUCCUAAUGAAUAACACAAAAAGAAAGUUUUUGGAACACCAUCUGCUGAAAACAUCCACUAGUCGCUGAAACUCAACACAGUCCGCAGUAUUCCUCACAACUUUAAAAAGAUUGACAUCAUCGGCGUAAAAUUUACGGCAAUCAUCCGGAAGCGUUCGUAGCGUUCCAAGAUUGCUACCAUGCGGUACUCCAGAGACAUUUGUAAGCUGUGCUGAAAACUGAGUCCCUAUAUUCACACAUAAUGUUCGAUUCAUCACAUAGGAUGCAAGGCAAGAUGACAGUCUCAGUCUAUUGAUGUCUCGUGUAAAUCACGUCUAUCGCCUUUUUUGGAAACGGGAAAAAAGAUGGAAAACUUUCAACUAGAAGGACAGACACGUUGCUGAGGAUAUAAAUCGAACAGCAGGCGUAAUGGAUGAAUGAGUACAGCGGCACAUCGUUCCAGAAUACACGAUGGAAUUACAUCUGGCCCAACAGCGAAGUAUAAUUUUAAUUUAGCCAUGACAGCAAUAAUGUGAUGACUUGUAAUUUCAAGCAGAUUGGAAUCGAUAACAUCUCUAAGGAGGCCACUUAGAGCAGUGUCAACCUGAGCAUGGGAAGCAUGCGUUAAAAACUACGGGCUAAUAGAGUGCUUUUAUCAAACAGUGUCAUGCCAUGACAUUCACCAAGUGACAGUUGUGAAAAUGGCGUCGAAGCAAGAGAAUCAACGCAUGAAAAAAUCCGCGCAUCGCGAAAAUCCGUCUUACGUCAUAUGUUGCGGAAAGCUUAGCGGUUUGCGCCCAAACGGACGUCAUUCAUACCGAUUUGUCUACGGCGUUUGACAAAAUGAAUCAUGCCAUUACGAUUGCUAAAUUCGAAAGCCUCGGUAUUUGCGGCAGUGUGUUGCGUUGGUGCUGUUCCUAUCUCGUCGGUCGUAAACUAAUUGUAACAAUAGAUAAUUCUCAAGCAAAAGCUUUUUUGGUCUCGUCUGGAAUCCCACAAGGCAGUCACUUGUGACCGUUGAUCUUCCCGUUGUACUUGAAUGGUGUGAACUAUGAACUUAUAGGCCCUCGCUGACGAUUUAAAAAUAUUUAUGAUAAUCCGUUACAUGAUGGAUGCAAUCUGCCUCUAGCGAGAGUUUGACACCCGUCAAGCUUUCGUAGUCACUUCGGUAACCGUUAACAAAAAAUCGUCAGUUUUAGUCCGAUGUCCACGAACGUUUUGGUAGCUAAUCCGAAGUCGAGAAGAGUGGUAGUCAGUCGCAGGACUACGUUCUGUAAACACUUUAGACGGGACGUCGGGCUUCCGAGGACUGGGGGUGUAGUACGAAGCGUUAGUGGUAGAAACAGAUAUAACGGUAUUGUACUUGCAGUGAAUAACAUUUUGAUAGCCUUUUUCCCCGCUGCCGCACGUAGCCCAAGUAACACCCGCAACAUAAGUUAUAAACGAGUUAAGAACAAAUUGCAAGAGGAACAUUAAGUUUCAAUCCUCGCUUCUUCGUCGGCGAUAUCGUUUAUUUUUUUCAAGAUCUGACUAGUUCAAAUGUUAUAUUGUUUGUAAUAUGUAAUAUUGUAUUGACUCUCUGAAGAUAUUUUAAUUGUUAGCUUUAAAUUACACCAUUUGGGCACCUGCCUGCCUGUUGGUGAAUAUACCAAAUAAAUAAAUAAAAAGCUCUCGCCUUGGUGCUACAUUCCGAUCCGGAACUUGAUCUUCUGUUUUAUAUACACAGACUUCGCAGCCAACUGUUAAGUGUACAGGACAAUGGCGGGGCUAGCGCUACGAUGCUACUGACACUAACAGUCUUUCCCGAGCCGAGACUCGAACCUACGACAAUUGGCUUGUUAGGCCAGCAUCGUACCUCGAGACCGGCUGGGAGGGUUUUUAAUCCAUCAGAGGCUACCAUAGUGCAUGGGUUAAUGCAUUCCAGUAUGCCGCUAGUACGUUGUGCGGCGUCAGAUGAAUGGUCGUAAGCUAGUAGUAAACUGGAACACGAAGCUGAUUAGGUAAGAGAGUGUUGCCUUUCCCCAACACAAACGCAGGGCCAGAACGAAUCUGAUGGCAGGAAACAGAAUUAUUUCGUAAAAAAAUAACAAGCAAAACGACGUAGUGCGUUCUGGCGAAUUAAAUAAACCGAAAAUCUCUUAACUGCACGAUUUCUUUUUGAAUAGGUAGCAGUUUUAAGUACCAAAUAUCUAGUCAUUGAGUUGAUUGAGAAAGGAAAUUGUCACAAUCGUUUCGACCAAGCUUCAACUCAAUGACAUCGAAUUGAUUUAGGUUUCUUGGAAUUAAACGUUAGUUGCAGUGUUGAUACGAUGAUAUUUUGUCAAAUUGUCCACUGAUGCAGAAAUAGCGGAUGUCAUAAUAGACGGUUGGCGUCUACUGUCGACGUGUGUAGCACAGAAUUGUUUUAUAUAUUAUCUAUCCAUCCAUAGUAUUUCAGUGCAACAAAUGAAGACGAAAUCCUGCGUCGAAGCUUAAUUGAUUUUUGUUGAUUGGCAAAGAUUACGCUUAUCAAAGUUUGGUGAUUAAUGCUUGUUGAUAAGCGAUACAAUUACUGCUGAAUGAUUGAUAUCAAUUAGAAGUCGUGCACAUUGUUUAUUAUGUCAACCAUCACAAUUUUUAGCGUUUACUUUAUUUCAAGUCCAGUAUACCUGAUUAAUGCUCCUAUAUCCAAGCACAGAGAGCGGACGUUCAUCUUGUUUUCAAAAGAUGUGUAAAAACUUGCAACCGUCAUUUAACAGUAAGUAGUAAUGGUCCCGCUAUGUGGCGCUCGCGUCACUUGAAAACCAAGCAAGUUAUCGAUAAAACAUCGGUACAGCAAUAUUUAUGCAGUACAACUGGGCCACCACAAGGCAGAUGUCCUUAGUGAAUUAAUGUAUUUGGAUUUAAAUGAAUGUCUGUUCUCUGUGCUCCAAGUUUCCAUCUUUUCCACACAAACAUCAGUAUGUACAUACUGUUUGCAAGAUACCAUUCGUUACCAGUCGCUCCGUAAUUUCCGUAAUACAGUGCACAUUUCUAGUCAACCAGAAGAUUUGAUGAUAUUAGUAACGUAAUAAAAAGCUCAGAACGUUAUUCCCGACCAAAUCCGUACUGUUUAUUACUGGUCUCACGGUAUGACGUGUAUCGUGUAGCCCCGUGCUUGAAUCCUGCAAAUGUAAUGUACUCCACAUUAGAUUAGGGACAAGAAAAUUCAAUUCAAAUGUAUGCAAGCACAUCUGUCAACUGUGUUCCCUUAUCCACGAGGAUAAGCCUUUGUAUACUAAACAUGGAUUGCAGACAUAUAUUCCACAACAGUCUCGACUCGUAUGUUGGAUUGAUGCAUGAAAUAUGUAAAUGAACUUCAGGAAAAAAACUGGGAAAAUAAAAUGUGUAAAUGGCGCGCAUUUCAAGUGUUUCAGACGACGUUGACGAUCGGAGGCUGCCUAAUUUAAGUGAGCACAACUCCGUGUGUUUGGCUGAUACGUCCAAUUCCGGUGAUUUAUCGAGUGGAAGCGAUGAGCCCAUGCCAACUGCUAGACUACUGGAAGGAGAACAGACAAAAAAUUAGUGGCCGGCAAAGGUUUGUUCAACUGGCUUCCAAGCACACAUUUAUGAAAGGGAUACUAGAGUGCAACACGCUCGUCAUGAUAAUGCUUCAUUCCGGGGGAACAAUAACUGGGAAUGUGUACAUGUCUUUGUACGCGACUGUUUCGGUGGUCAGUUUUAUGCGUCUGCCGUACUUAUGAGUGCUGUUGUGCUUUUUCCCCCCUAGAUGCAAUGUGCGGUGCGGUGAUCGAUGUGGCGAUUUAAAAAAAGUGUGUUAUGAAAUUAAUUUCUCCGCGAAUAUUGUCAAGAAAGAAAGAAAACAAUUCAAUGUUUUAAGUUCGAGCGUUUUUUUUAAUUUUUUAACAAAAAACAUGCUAGUUAUGUCUUUUUAAGUUGUCAAAACAAAACGCGCCGUUAGUCAUGGUAACAAAAAAGGGUCUCGAUGAGCACCGCGUGUAGCCACUUGGACGCCGAAUUUAUUAAAAGUGUUUCGCAUAGCCAUACUGCUAUUACUGACCAAUGACUAUAUGCAUUGCUGCACAGUCUCGAUGCAUACCGUAAUAACAAUGGCCCAUUUUUUCGUUCACUGCUUGCAAAAAUUUAGCAGCAGUUUUAAAGUUGAUAAGCAGUGAAAAUGUGCCCGGAGAAAGGUCAUUGUUCUAAGGGCUGCUAAUGGAAACUAAUAAAUAGUAAAAAAAUAUUUCUACAUUUCAUUUGCUAAUACAUAUCAAGCGAUUCAUCACAAUGGUAUUUAGCGCUAUCGAUUACAGCAUCCGCUGCAGACAUUAUAAAACCUGUCAAACUGUAAAACAUAGCACACAUUUGUUGCAGAACUCGUUGCGAAAGUGAUUUAUUCAGAUGAAGGCUUUAGGCUUGUGUUUAGUUUUGGCGCUAAUAAGUGAAACGCUGAACCAACAAUCGACACAUUCAUAAAUGGCAUGAGAAAUGUUCUUCUUGGGAUGGGCGACGGCUCUGGAAGCUUGGGUGGAGGAGGCGGUGUCAACUUAGCUGAAAUGGCCAAUGAACAUUAAAUACAGUG